ACCCUUUGACCUUUUCAGAUUUCGUAGGAUCCACAAACCCUCUGCCUUAUCCCUCGGUUGUAGAUGAUUUUCGGGCUAUUUUCAGCCCCCUUGGAGAUGGCCUAAGCCACUAGCAUCAGCGACGGUCCUCUCCCAUCGUCAUCGCUGCACAAUCACCGGCAACGGUCCACUACCACUAGGCACCAACCACAGUCCUCUCCCACCAGGCCACCACCAUCGGCCACGGUCGUCUCCCACCACAGAUCAGAGCCUUCAGCACCACCAUCAGCCACCUUCCCUCGCCGGAACUCAUGGCUCCUUCAUCGUUGUAAAAUCUGGAUCUCACGUAAGAGUAGAAAACCGUGAAAACAAGAGCACCCAACCCCACGAGCCAUCGUCCUCUCCGUAUGAAAAUCAAGGAACCCAUAUUUUUGGAUUACCAGAUUGGGCUUCUGGAAAUGGAAUCUUCCACCACAGUUAGAUUGCCAUGAUUUUUUAAGAUAUGAAAAUGAAAGUGUUUGUCUGAUUGUGUGCUAUGGCGAGGAAGAGGGUGAGUGUUUGGCUACGGGAAUAAAGGACAUUUGGUUAAGUGUUUGGAAGAUUUAAAAAAGGACAGGUGUCGUUAUUUUAUUAUUCGUUGUACUGUUGGUUGAUUUGUUUUUUUUUUUCUGAAGGCUGAGGCAUCCCACGCUCCGGAAGGCAAUAUGAAUCCCUAAUCGGAGCGGGAGCGGCAGCGGCCGCCUUCAAUUUCUUCUGAUUUUCCCUGAAAAUAAAAUAAAAUAAAAUACUAAAAAUUCUUGCUGUGGAGUUAGAAUCUAUGGAUCGAGGUCAUGGCGUUCGGCUGCAAAGGAUAUACAGACCCAUUGUGCCGUCACGACAGCCCCUAUGAUCUUGAUUUCUGCUGAUGCAGAGAAAGAUGAGUGGCAUUUAUACAAUCCGGUGGAUGACAAGGUUCUUAAAACCCAAUUGAAUUUGCGAAGGCAACGAUUCUGUGGGUCGUCAAAAGGAUGGUUAAUUGUUGUGGAUGAGAAACGUGUUGUGUCGCUGAUAAAUCCAUUCCUUUUUGGUGUUGGAGGGAGAAGAGAUCAUGAAAAGUCAAUAAUUCGCCUUCCUCCGGUAAGCCCUGCAGAUUUGAAUCAGCUUCAUCAUGGAUUUUUUUUGGUCUACGAGGCUACAAUUUCAGAAGAUCCAAUACUAAAUGCCGACAACUGCAUUGUUAUGGUCAUGUUUGCGAAAUUGGCUUUUAUUCGACUUAACAAAGACAGUAAUUGGACUUAUUUCCCUGAAACGGAAACGGUUGAGCGAAGAAGGUUUUUUAUCGUUCAAGUUCUUAAAGUUGAAGACAGAUUCUAUCUUGUUGAUCAUUUCCGUCAACUCUAUUCUUUUGAUGUUACUACUCAGUCUGUGUCACCUGUGAAAAAAGUGGUUUUUCGCGAAUAUGUGCUCGAUGUGGACUAUAUGCGCAAGGAAUAUCUUGUGGUUUGUAAUGAGAAAACAAUACUGAUGGUUCGAAGGUACAUGGCGCGUUAUGACUAUCAUGGGACAAAGACAAAAAGAUUCAAAGUCUCUGAACUAAAUAUCAGCAAGGGUGAGUGGACGGAGAAGAACACUUUAGGUGACGUUGCUUUGUUUCUGGGAAAAAGCUCUUCAAUAUCUGUUUGUGCUUCAGAGUCGGGAUAUCGAGCAAAUUGCAUAUACUUCAUUCAUGAUCAUCCUGCGUUUGGACCAAGUAGAGCUUUUGAUUAUGGCAUCUACAGCGUCGAGGAACGGAGGCUUUUAGAAAAUCCGUUCCACAGAGAUGCUGGGACUCUGAUGAGCAAGACCGAUGUACCUCCGAUAUGGAUUCUACCGACAUAUAAUUUGUAGAGUACUAUGCUUUGGUUUUGUUUGAGAUAUGGAUCUGGGACAUAUAUUAUGGGGUUCCCUCAUGGUCCUGCAAGCCUAUGAAUAUAUACUAUGUUGAAGUUGAUGUGAUACAAUGAGUUUCUUGGGUACCUGGUAAUAUGAAUCAGUCUUCUACUCA